AUGACUAGCUACCGCCGCAACAAUGUCAAUACCAGCGCCAUAACUAUCACGGAAUACGCAACACCGUCCCCCCUGGACUGGUUCGUCAUCGGCUGCAUGCUAGCUCUCUUCGGUACGGGAGUAGCAUCGCCGUGGAUUACACCGGGAGACCACAUAUGGAACCUGCUUACGCAGUACUUUCCCGGCGGCGCCGAACAGGCGCUUUGGAUGGCUCGCACUCUUGUGCCUUUACUUGCCUUUGCUCAUGCGGGAGAGGUGGUGCUGUUUGACCAGUUGCGGAUGCGGAGACAUGGGGUGAGAAGGUGGUCGAGGGUUUGGUGGAUGUGGGAGAUUAGUUGCGCUGUGGAGGGGAUUAGAGCGUGGAAGAGGGUUGAUGGAGUGAUCGCGCAUAAGAAAAAGGAAUAA